CUUCCUCUCUGGUCGCAUAGGGUUUUUCUCGCUCGGCAGUGCCGCUCCGCAGUGGCCGCAAAUCAAAUGUCCGUAGAAUAGUGCGGCGGGUGUGUUGGACGUUUGAAAAUUCGAAUUCCUCGAGACGAUCGGCCGCGCGCUACUCGAGGAAGCGUGCGUGUGUUCCGCCCGUCGAGCGAUGUCCGGCGAUGUGCAGCCAAGAAAGCGAAAGGACAAGCGGCGCAAAAAAGCAGACGGGGUAUACACUAUUCAAAGGAUACGUGGUGCGAGUAUCGACGACGAAGAUACCGGGACACCACCGCCUACGUUGAUCAGUUCAGCCGACACUUCUGCGGAAAAUGUCUCGAUCCAUAUCUAUAAGGAAAGCAGCACAGGCGGCCAUUGGUGUGCUCGUAUCGUGUUCUUUGCUUUACUGGCCGUUCUCGUCGGACUGAUCGGCGUAAUAAUCUUUGAACACAGAGGGACUACGGACGUUGACACGCCACUAACAUCGUCACGCUGGGCGAGUAUAUUUGAGGGCUGGGUAGAUGAUUCACUACUUAGCCAUGCUGACGAAUCGCACGGUCAGGACGAAGCGGCGGAAGCAAGCGAGGAAGCCUUAGAGGAGGGGACAAAAGAGGAACAUGACGAGGAAGAAUCUGCAGAAGCUGAGAAGGAAGAGGAAGAAGGUAAAGAAGGAAGUAUAAAACAGGAUGAGGAAGAUGAAGGAAUCGGAGAAGAAGAGGAAGAAGAGGAGGAGGAGGAGGAAGAGGAAGAAGAAGUGGCUGAGGGAGCAGAAAGAAGAGACGUAGAAGAAGAAGACGAAGAAGAAGGGAGCGAACAAGAAGGAGAAGAAGAAGAAGACGAAGAGGAGGCAGACGAGGACAAUGCGGAAUCUGAGGAGGCAGUAGAUGACAAAGACAGCAAAGAGGAUCAAGAGGAAGACGAAGGUAUCGACGAAGGGGACGCCGAUGAGGAUGAAGACGAUGACGCACAGCGAGAGUUCGAUGAUAAUGGUAUACUGGAAGAGGUUGAUGAUACAGAUGAGAAUGACGACGCGGAUGAGGAAGAUGAUACACCGGACAAUUUCGAUGCGGAACUUGACGCCAGUACUGAAGACGACAGCUUGGAGGAGAAGGAUAACGAUGAGGACUCUGAGGAAUUCACGGGCAUACCUGGUGUUAAUGAUAUCGACGACAAUAGCGCCGAGCCUCUGGAAGAGAUAGAAAGCGAAGAAUCUGAAGAUGUAAAUGACGGAGACAGUGAGCCUGAGGAGGAGGAGGAGAUCGAGGAAGAAUCUGCCAGCGUGGCUGUGAAGUUCGGGGUCGGUGUCGCGCUUGUCGUUGCUGCACAUUUCGUUCUUGUUAGACGGUGGAACAACGUCGACAUUCCUCCGCGGGAUACAGAUGACACGCCUGACUUUGCAAGACGCAACACGAUAGUUCCACCUCCUCACAUUAAACAACUGAUCAAAUCAGCCGAAAACGUUGAAAGUAAAGUACGUGCGCAAGCGCAAGCAGAAAGUUACGAAGCUUUAAGAUCCAAGUACAGUAAUCUGCAAGAAGAAGAUAUUCCAAUCGACAUAGGGAAACUAAUCCCACAAGGUGGAGCGAAAGAGAAAGAUACACGGUCGACCAAAGAAGAAAUUGGUGCAAAUCGGGAUCAACCUAAAGCAGUAUCAUCCGAAGAGGAGGAGGAGGAAGAAGACGAUUAUGAAGGCGAGGAAUUAGAGACAUCAGAAGGUGAGCAUGUUUCUGGUGCGGAAGAGUACGAGGAAGAACAGGCAGAAGAAGAGGAAGAAGAGGAAGAGGAAGAGGAAGAUGAAGAAAUUGAAACUGUCGACGAUUCCGAGUUAAUAGCUAAGCUUGAAGCAAAGUAUGGAAAAUUACCCACCCCUCAAGAUAGCGAGGAGGAACAGGAAGAAGAAGAGGAAGAAGAGGAGGAGGGGGAAGAAGAAGAAGAAGAAGAGGGAAAUGACGAAUUGCCAGAAUGGAAACGUGCUAAAAUGCCGAAGGACCCUCGCCUCCAGUCUCAAACGAGAAAACCUACUCAACAAUCGACAGGAAUAAGAAGAAAAGAAGCAGAUACUAGCGGAGCCAAAAGCGAAGGAAGAGCUUAUAAUUUUAACAACGUGUCGAGUGCUGAUGACGUAACUGUUCAUGAAGAAAAUGAUUCUGUGGUGCUCCAAGUUGGAGAAUUUCUCGAUUAGAAUAUAUGCGUUCCUGUAAGAUAAUUUUGAUAUAAACUUACUUGUUUUCUCAAGCACAGAGAGAUGUCACUGUCUUCUCUAUAAACAAUCCUACGUUUGUAUCGUUAUUAAUCGUUAUUAACUUAAAUUUAUAUCGUUAUUAACACGAUGUAUGAUUUGCAGUUUUCAAAUGUUAGAGUAUCGAUCAGUGUCAUGUAUAUAGGAAAAUGAUAAUCUCUUCAUUCGUCUCUUAUUCUUCGUGUAUAAUUUAUUAUCUAACUGCUUCUACUUUUUUUUGUUUGUUGUACAUAAGGUUAUCUCGACUUGAAAUGUUUUAACUUUGUUAAGGUCUAACCACUGACAUACAACAUAUAUAAAAAUGGUACACCAAAGACAUUAGAUCUUUACAAAAGUGACUGAUGUAGUAUUAAAAUCAAACGAAUUUGGAGGGAAAAAAAAAAAAGAGAUAAAAGAUAUCUCUUUUACGUCGUAAUUAUUUAAAAAUCAAUAAAUUACGAAAAUGUAGCAAGAAAAA